AUGGUGGGGCCGGACGGUUUUUCACUGCCAUUUUUGAAUGCGGCAAGAUAUUUUUCUCCGCAUUGUCCGGAUGUUGGAGGUGAUGAAUACUUCCAGUAUCGGGAAGACGACAUCGGCAGACCCGGCCUUACACCGUUGCAGAAGUGCACGGUUGCGAUCCAGCAGUUGGCCUACGGCACCACGGCGGAUAUGGGAAUUGUGGAGGCUUUUAGCGACGCAUAUUUGCGAAGGCCGAUUGAUGAGGAUUGCCAGAGCCUGAUGAGGAUGCACGAGACGGUGCACGGCUUCCCUGGAAUGCUAGGGAGCAUCGACCGUAUGCACUGUGUAGCCGGGUCGAACAACGACAUCAACGUCCUCAACUCGUCCAACCUCUUCGCCGAUCAAUGCAGGGGUCGCGGCCCAACCAUCGAGUUUACUGCCAACGGAUACCAAUAUCAUAUGGGGUACUACUUGGCCGAUGACAUAUACCCACGGUGGCCUGUUUUUGUGAAGACGAUCACCUGCCCAAUGGGUGACAGGAGAGUGUUAUUUGCGGCAAAGCAGGAGGCUGCGCGGAAGGAUGUGGAGCGGGCUUUUGGUGUGCUCCAAUCGCGGUGGGCAAUAGUGAAAGGUCCGACGCGUUUGUGGUUCAAGGAAGUCAUCGCCGAUGUCAUGUAUGCGUGCAUCAUCUUGCAUAACAUGAUAGUCAAACAAGAAGCUGGACAUGUCACCGAUUGA